AUGUACAAGAAUGUACUACUUGGAUCUAUAACCUACCGUAAAUUGAGUGACUUGGAUCUAUGUAAGAAAUCAUCCUUGGAAUCUGCUUCAAUAAAAAAGAAAAUACUACGAAAUUCAAACGUUGAGAAAAAUUUAUCUAUAAAUGUUGAGAAAUACAACGGUGUUCUUUCCACUCACUCGCUCCUUGAGCACACAGAUGUUUCAAUGCUUUUGGACAAUGAAGCCAAUUGUGAUAUUUGUCGAAGAUCACUGGAUAUUGAGAGGCCUACCCACAUCAAUCUGAACCGGCUGGUUUCACAGGUGAUCUCCUCCUUGACAGCAUCUCUUCGCUUUGAUGGUGCUCUUAACGUGGAUGUUACUGAAUUCCAAACAAACUUGGUGCCAUACCCACGCAUCCAUUUCAUGCAUUCCUCCUAUGCACCUGUUAUUUCUUCAGAAAAGGCACACCAUGAGCAACUAUCAGUUGCAGAGAUUACAAACAGCGCAUUUGAGCCAUGGUUCAAAGACUCAGUCGAGUCGUUACUAGAACGGGGAUUACAAGGAUUCUUAGUUUUUCAUGCUGUUGGCGGUGGAACUGGCUCUGGCCUUGGUUCCUUACUGUUGGAGAGGCUUUCAGUCGACUAUGGCAAGAAAUCAAAACUUGGGUUCACAAUUUGUCCCUCUCCCCAGGUCUCAACAGCUGUUGUUGAGCCUUACAACGGUGUUCUUUCCACUCACUCGCUCUUUGAGCACACAGAUGUUUCAAUGCUUUUGGACAAUGAAGCCAAUUAUGAUAUUUAUCGAAGAUCACCGGAUAUUGAGAGGCCUACCCACAUCAAUCUGAACAGGCUGGUUUCGCAGGGAUGA